AGGGUCACAUAUGGGGGAAAUCACUUGAAAUAAUGUGCACUGUGUUUGUGUGACCCUUCAGAUUGUAAUGUUAGUUUUAGCCUGGAAACUUGAAGCAACAAAUAUGGGAUUUUUCACAAAAGAAGAGUGGCUGAAAGGAAUGACGUCACUACGUUGCGACUGCACAGAGAGAUUACAGGGCAAACUGGAUUAUAUGCGCUCUCAGCUGAAUGACCCGGUUAUAUUCAAGAACAUUUACAGAUACGCCUUCGACUUCGCCAGGGAUAAAGAUCAGCGCAGUCUUGAUAUGGACACUGCAAAAUCCAUGUUGGCGCUUCUCCUCGGACGGACGUGGCCUCUGUUCCCAGUUUUCCACCAAUUUCUGGAGCAAUCAAAGUAUAAAGUCAUGAAUAAAGACCAGUGGUACAAUGUCCUAGAGUUCAGCCGUACGGUUAACACAGACCUGAGCAACUAUGAUGAAGACGGAGCCUGGCCAGUGAUGCUGGAUGAGUUUGUGGAGUGGAAUAAAGCCAGAAAUGCAUUAUAGCACAAGCAGACGUUUUUGUUGUUUUUGGCUGUGCCCCAGACGAUGGCACACGUCUCGAGGACUGCUUCAACAUGUCCCACAUCACUACCCAGAGACUCUUACAGUCUUACUUUAAAAGGAAACUGCACAGAGGAAUCACAAGACGAAAGGGGAAAUAUUUUUCUUAUGUAUUGAAUUUGUUGCAGCAGGUCUAUUGCCAGUGUUGUAUGAAUUUUCUUUCCUUUUCUUUUUCUCUCAAAGUUUUACUUUGUUUAUAGUGUUUUGAAAAGGAAAUAAAUAAAGCAGUUGUAAAUUAACUUUUCGUCUGGAUUCUGGACUGUUGGAGCAAUAAAGCAUUUUACAACUAAAAUCUAAAUGAAGCAUGAAUAAAAAGAUUUAUUUUACGUG